CUCUCUCUCUCUCUCUGUGCAUCAGUUCCUCUUUUUUCCAUAAUAUCUGUGAACGAAUUGAUGCAACAAAGUUUCUAGGAGAAGGCCAGAGUGAUCCAUGGCCUCUUUGAAAUUUUCAACUGUAACGGAGUUCUAUGAACCCAGAAAAUCCAAUCUUUCUGGGAAGGUGGAGACCUUUUGGGUUUCUUGUUUUACUGGUUGGGUUCAGAUCUCCAGAGGAGCCCUUAAUGCCAACCCCUUCAGAAGACUCGAUCACAUCAGGGUUUCUAGGUUGGCCACAGAACUGGUCGACGAACCAGAAUCAAACCCUGUUGAUUCUCAUUCCCUAAAAUCAUUGGAAGAAUCAAACCCAGAAUUAAAGUCAAUUCCUAGGCGUGAGGGCAGGAAGAUAGGGAGAAAUCUCUGGAAGAGAUUUCGGGAUUCUAAGGGAGAAGUAGCUAUGAACUCUGGUUCUAGGGUGAAGGAACAAGAAGAAAAACCCUCAUUUGGAUGUGAUGGAGAGGAUAAGGAGUCUGUUUCAACUUCAUGUGUUGAUAAUGACUUAGUGAUUGCCAUGCCUGCUGUUACGCCUUUUGCGAGUGUUGAGCGUUGCAACUCCAUCUUAAAAAGGCUUGAGAGGAUUAGUGACAUCAAAGCACUGACCUUCUUCGAUUGGAUGAGAAAGAAUGGGAAAUUGAAAGAAAACUUAACUGCUUACAAUUUGAUACUUAGAGUGCUGGGAAGGAAGAGGGAUUGGGAUGGAGCCCAUGAACUGAUUAAGGAAAUGACUAUUGUUUCUGAUUGCAAACUCAACUUUCAGGUUUUCAAUACGCUUAUAUAUGCGUGUUAUAAAAAGGGUCUUGCAGAUAUGGGGAGCAAGUGGUUCCAUUUGAUGUUGGAGAAUGAGGUUAAGCCCAAUAUCGCCACCUUCGGUAUGGUCAUGAGCCUUUGCCAGAAGAGUGGUAAUCUUGAAGAAGCAGAGUUUAUCUUUGCCCAGAUGAGGUCCUUCAAACUGCACUGUCAAUCUGCCUAUUCAGCAAUGAUUACUAUAUAUACUCGCCUUAGUUUAUAUGAUAAAUCAGAAGAGGUUAUUGGCUUCAUGAAAGAAGAUGGAGUGCUUCUGAAUUUGGAGAAUUGGUUAGUUUUGCUUAAUGCUUAUAGCCAGCAAGGCAAGCUAAAGGAGGCUGAAUGCAUAUUGAUGUCAAUGCAAGAAGCAGGGAUUUCCCUGAACAUUGUUGCAUACAACACAUUGAUAACUGGUUAUGGGAGAGCCUCUGAUAUGGAUGUUGCACAGAACCUAUACCAAAACCUCCAGAAUGUUGGUCUAAAACCUGAUGAAACAACUUACAGGUCAAUGAUAGAAGGCUGGGGUAGGGUUGACAAUUAUUCGGAGGCAAGAUGGUACUAUAAAGAACUCAAACGGGCAGGAUUUGGGCCCAACUCAUCUAACCUGUACACAAUGAUAAACCUGCAAGCAAAGCAUAGGGAUGAAGAGGGUGCUGUUGAAACCCUAGAAGACAUGAGGAAGAUGGGGUGCCAGUAUUCCUCUAUUCUUAGUAGUCUCUUACAGGCAUAUGAGAAGGCUGGAAAAGUAGACCAGGUGCCUCGGAUUCUGAAAGGUAUGUUUUAUGAACAUGUUUUGGUUGACCAGACUUCAUGUUCAAUUUUGGUCAUGGCCUAUGUGAAACAUUGUUUGGUUGAUGAUGCUUUGCAUGUUUUACGGGACAAACAGUGGGAGGACCGAAUUUUUGAGGAGAACUUGUAUCACUUGUUAAUUUGCUCCUGCAAGGAGAUGGGCCGUCAUGAAAAUGCUGUUAAGAUAUUUACUCGAAUGCCCAAAUUGGAUGACCGUCCAAACCUGCACAUCACUUGUACAAUGAUAGACAUAUAUGGUGUCAUGGGUCUUUUUACUGAAGCAAUAGACCUCUAUCUUAAGCUAGAGUCCUCAGGAAUUGCCUUGGACAUGAUUGCCUAUGGUGUUGCGAUUAGGCUGUAUGUUAAAGCUGGUUCUUUGAAUGAUGCUUGUUCAGUCCUAGAUGCAAUGGAGAAACAGAAGGAUAUCAUGCCAGACACCUUUUUGUUCAUGGACAUCCUUCGGAUUUAUCAACGGUGUGGCAUGCUAGAGAAGUUGUCAGAAACAUACUACAGGAUAUUGAAGAGUGGAGUCUCCUGGGAUCAAGAAAUGUAUAACUGUGUCAUUAAUUGUUGUGCUCAUGCCUUGCCACUAGAUGAGAUUUCUCGGCUUUUUGAUGAGAUGCUCCACCGUGGGUUUGCUCCAAAUACUAUUACCUUCAAUGUCAUGCUUGAUGUUUAUGGAAAGUCCAGGCUUUUCAAGAAGGCCAGGAAGGUCUUUUUGAUUGCCAAAAAACGAGGCUUGGUAGAUGUGAUCUCUUACAAUACUAUUAUAGGUGCCUAUGGGCAAAGCAAAGACAUAAAGAAUAUGAUGUCUAGUGUUCUAAAAAUGCAAUUUAAUGGAUUCUCUGUCUCCCUUGAAGCCUAUAAUUGCAUGUUGGAUGCCUAUGGAAAAGAUGGCCAGAUUGAGAAAUUCAAAGAUGUAUUGCUGAGGAUGAAGGAAUCGAAGUGUGCUUCUGACCACUAUACAUACAAUAUUAUGAUUAAUAUAUACGGAGAGCAAGGGUGGAUUGAUGAUGUUGCUGGUGUGCUGACUGAAUUGAAGGAAUGUGGACUUGAACCCGAUUUAUGCAGUUACAACACAUUAAUAAAGGCAUACGGGAUCGCUGGAAUGGUGGAAGAGGCUGUGGCUGUGGUGAAGGAAAUGAGAGAAAAUGGGAUCAAACCUGAUCAGAAGACAUACCUUAAUCUCAUCAGUGCACUGUGGAGGAAUGAUAAUUUCCUAGAGGCGGUUAAGUGGUCUUUAUGGAUGAAGCAGAUGGGCAUGUCAAGUUAAAAAUACUGAGUUAUAACUAUUUCUUGGUACCAUUGCUCUUUUGCACUUGUCUGAAAAGGAUUGAUACUGACCCUCCUGAUACUGUUAAGUCUUCAAGGAACUCAAGCUGCUUGCAGUAAGACCUUUGAGUUUUAGGUUUUCAGUUUGUGGAUUUUCACAGCUCCUCACCAACAUCAAUUUUGCCUGCUAUUGCCUUCCCUUUUGUGAGUGGUCCGACUUGCUUUCUGCUCAAACUUCUGUAGUCUUAAAUGUAAAGGUAUUGAGUUUGUAAGGAGAAUAAUCUAAGCUGCAUAUGUCAACAACAUGAUCCUGUAUAAUUUGGUGUUUGUAAAAAUAAAAUUAGUCAACAGCAAAAAG